AUGGGUGGCGGCACUCCCCAUGGCGAGCCAUCCGUAGGCUCCGAUACCCCCCGCCAAAAGGGCAAAGCAACCCCCGAGACACUCAAGACAGGCUGCAUUGCCUGGGUCGAGAAAGAUGGCCAGCCGCGACGAGCCGAAAUCCUAAGCAUUAAAGAAACAAAGUCUGGGAAGCACUAUUACUGCAACUUUGACAACUUCAACAAGCGUCUGGAUGAGUGGGUGCCGGUUGCGCGAAUUGAUUUCACUCAGGAAGUCGAAUGGCCAAACCCCGAGAAAGACAAGCCCAAAGACUCGAAAACCAAAAAAGUCCCGUCAAAUCAACCCAAGAAGUCGCAAGUUUCGAAGAAAGCGCAGAAGCGGCCUGGCAAACGCGAGCAAUCGGUAAACAGCGAGGCCACUACACCACAUCCAUGGACGGAUUUUGUCGAAACGCAGGGGCAACGAAAAUCUUCAUCGGUCGGACCAGAGGCAGACCCACAAGCGGGUGCCAGUUUCGAAGCGAGCGCAACACCAGGCGCAGGAGAUGACCUGCUUGCCGAUGAGAAGGAAGAUGAAGGAAAGAAAGACGAACAUGGCUUCAGCCGAGAGGAGGAAAUUGAGAAACUGAGGACUUCGGGAUCGAUGACACAAAACCCGGCCGAAAUAUCGCGAAUACGAAACAUUUCAAAAGUUCAGUUUGGGAAAAACGACCUCUUCCCGUGGUACUUUUCGCCGUACCCCGAGAUUUUUGCGCUAGAGGACGUUAUAUACAUCUGCGAAUUCUGCCUCAGCUACUAUGGGGAUGAAUUCGCCUUCACGCGACACCGAAAGAAGUGUACGCUGCAGCAUCCGCCGGGCAAUGAGAUCUAUCGGGAUGACUACGUCUCGUUCUUUGAGAUUGAUGGACGGCGGCAGCGGACUUGGUGCCGUAACCUUUGUCUUUUAUCCAAGAUGUUUCUGGACCACAAGACGCUCUACUACGAUGUGGAUCCAUUUUUAUUCUAUGUCAUGACGAUGCGGACAGACAAGGGAUGCCAUAUUGUAGGAUACUUUUCCAAGGAAAAGGAAAGCGCGGAUGCAUACAACGUUGCUUGUAUUCUGACACUUCCGCAAUAUCAGCGUAAGGGUUAUGGCCGUCUCUUGAUUCAGUUUUCAUAUGAGCUGUCCAAGAUUGAAGGCAAACUGGGCUCCCCAGAGAAGCCUUUAUCCGAUCUUGGCCUUCUCAGUUAUCGUCAAUACUGGUCUGAGAACAUUCUCGACUUACUGCUGGGCUACAAUGAACGGGAUGAGAAGGUGACGAUUGAAGCAAUCUCGACGGCGCUGGCGAUGACCACACAGGACGUGGAGCACACGCUGCAGGCCAUGAAGAUGCAAGUGUAUCAUAAGAGUGAUCACAAGAUCGUGAUUCCCGAGAGACUGAUUGAGCAACGGGAGAAGCAAAAGUUGAAGCGGAAAAGGGUUCUCGAUCCUCUCAAGAUCCAGUGGAAGCCGCCAGUGUUUACAGCAUCGAGCCGGACAUGGGGUUGGUGA